CUCAUUUUGGCGAUUGCAGAGUGAACUGUUGGUCACUCAUUUAGAAGCUGAGACUGAAGCACGUGUCACUGGGUGCACAGCAGUGCCUGGGGAUAGUAAGGUAGGGAGCCAGCCUCUUGGGGCUUGUAUGUUUUGCCAGAGGACUGUAUAUUUCUAAUGCACUUCACUGUUGAGGGGAGCCGGAAGUCUCCAGUGGUAUACCUCUGGUGCAUUUCUAGUGACUGAAAUGUCUUGGCGGUCCCAUUCUGUGGAUAUAGACCUAUUGUUUCCACCAUAAUCAUGAACUCGUUUCCAAUGAAGUGUUGCAGACCUACUGCCUUUGCAGCCAGGGUAUACCAAGCCUAGGGGAAUUUUGUCGUUUCGGGGUCCUGCCCAUGGGGCUGGCAGACUUAGGGCAUGGUGAUAAUUGGAAUGGUGAUUCUUCAUCAGCUGUGUGUCUGGUAGCAACUAAGCUGAGUGAGCUCUGGAGGUUUCAGAAGUUCCUGUCUUUCUUCUGGGGUGGGAUGAUGGUUCCUAGGCCAACUAGUCCAGAGUGGUGCAGGGGCAAAAUGGCUGCCAGGAAUGAAUUCUCUGCCUGGGGCUGAGUUGGAUGUUUGCGUAUUUGUUUUCUGUUAUAAAAUACCCCAAGUAUAUAAUUCCGAUAGCAGAAACUUUAUUUUGAACAUCUUACAAAGCCUGUCGAGUUGAUUAUGUUUUUGUUGUUUAUUAAAAGUGACAAGCAUUUUCACACUCUGGACCCAGAAUCUCAUAGUUUUUCUGUUCCCGUUUUUUUUUUGGGGGGGGGUGGUGGUGGUUGUGGCAUGUUAUGGAAGAGAGUGGAAGUGGGGAGUCACCCUGCCUGCAGUCACCCUGGAGUAUGGUUGAGGAGGAGAACAAUGUCCUUGGUUGGAGAUGGGGGGAUAUAUGGGAGGGAUAUAUAUGGGGUAUAUGGGGGAUAUAUGGGAUAUAUGGAUAUAUGUGUACACAAGGAUAAGCGACUUAGCAUGCAUGCAUGCACGCACGGGAGGAUUGCAAAGACAGAGACUGGAGUUCUAGUCCCACUCUGUGUGACCUUGGGCAAGGCAGUCCCCUUUCUUGGGCCCAGUCUCUCAGUCUAUAAUAAUGUUUACUUGAGCAUUUGCACAGUGCUUUUAAAUGCAUAUAUGAGGUAUUCCUCCUGUUCCCCAGAAGACAGCACCGAAGUGGGAAAGGGAGAUGGGUGAGUGCUGGAGGAGUUCCUCAGCCAUCAUUACACCCCUUCCUCACAUUCGUGGAUGGGCGCCCAGAGCCCAGUGGCCUUAAGAACACUACCCUUCGAAUGUCCGGGCUCCACACCGCCUCAGCCAGGCCUCCCUUCUAGACCCCACCUCACUUCUGAGCCCAGCUGAGCAGAAGGAAGUACAGUGUGCAGGGAGGUAGGGCCGGGAUCAUCAUCUUCCCUCCCUGAUGGCCCAUCUCUAGUCCAGGUGGGAGAAAAGGGUCACUGGGUUUUCCAGCGGCUCCACAGAACACAGGUGGAUUUGUUGGGUAUGGACCGACACCCCCGCAGCGGGGUGAAUGUGUGUUGAAAGGGAGAGCUGAGUUCCUCCGGAUAAUUCUCUGCCAGCUCUGAUCGCUCCCCCACCCCCACCAGAUUUCCAGGUGUAUGUAUGUCGCGGUAGGCUGGGGGCACGUACUGUUGAAAGGAGAGAGGAAUUUCAAAAAGCACCCCACCUCCGCCCGACAGGUUCCCCGCCAAAACCAAAAGGGGGGCGGGAAGAGCACCGUCGGUCGGGGAUUUGUUCCCUCCUCUUCCCGUGCGGCCCGAGAAGGGGCACGGGUGAUAUUUCUUUCUCGCCUCUUUCUGCAUUUCCUUCCUCCUUCCCUCCCACCCCCCCCCCCCCCCAACUGUUUUUCUCGUGCUGGCUGUAUUUGUAUUCCUUUUCUUCCAAAGUCUCUGUCCCUUCGGCCCUCGUCUCUGUCUCCCAGGAUGACGGAGCAGCCGCCGAGCGAGGCGGCACACAGUGACCCCCCGCUAGAGGGACGGGACGCGGCCGAGGCCCGCAUGGCCCCCCCGCACCUGGUCCUGCUGAACGGCGUCGCCAAGGAGACGAGCCGCACAGCCCCGGCGGAGCCCCCGGUCAUCGAGCUGGGCACGCGCGGCGGCGGCCCGGGGGGCGGCCCCGCCGGUGGGGGCGGCGCCGCGCGGGACUUAAAGGGCCGCGAGGCUGCGGCGGCCGAAGCACGCCAUCGGGUGCCCACCACCGAGCUGUGCAGACCGCCCGGGCCCGCGCCCGCCUCGGCCCCCGCGGAACUGCCCGGCGACGGCCGCAUGGUGCAGCUGAGCCCGCCCGCGCUGGCGGCCCCCGCCGCCCCCGGCCGCGCGCUGCUCUACAGCCUCAGCCAGCCGUUGGCCUCGCUCGGCAGUGGCUUCUUUGGGGAGCCAGAUGCCUUCCCUAUGUUCGCCACCAACAACCGAGUGAAGAGGAGACCCUCCCCUUACGAGAUGGAGAUUACUGAUGGUCCCCACACUAAAGUCGUGCGGCGCAUCUUCACCAACAGCCGGGAGCGAUGGCGGCAGCAGAAUGUGAAUGGGGCCUUCGCUGAGCUCCGCAAGCUGAUCCCCACGCAUCCCCCAGACAAGAAGCUCAGCAAGAAUGAGAUCCUCCGCCUGGCCAUGAAGUACAUCAACUUCCUGGCCAAGCUGCUCAAUGACCAGGAGGAGGAAGGCACCCAGCGGGCCAAGCCUGGCAAAGACCCUGUAGUGGGGGCUGGCGGAGGGGGUGCGGGGGGAGGGGGCAACGCGCCUCCCGAGGAUCUCCUGCAGGACGUGCUCUCCCCGAACUCCAGCUGUGGCAGCUCCCUGGAUGGGGCAGCCAGCCCGGACAGCUACACAGAAGAGCCAGCGCCCAAACACACAGCCCGCAGUCUCCAUCCUGCCAUGCUGCCCGCUGCGGAUGGAGCCGGCCCCCGGUGAUGGGUCUGGG